CAAACCUGAUUUAGCUUGGCAGCUUCGAUCUCUCGAUUUUAUUUUGUUUGUGUCGGUUUAAACAAAAAUGCUAUCAAAAGCAACGCGUAGAGAUCUAUUUAAACUAUUUUAAGCGUGUAUAAUGUAAUCGGCUUUCAAGUUAAUCCGUGUAUAAAACCAAAAACAUCAACUAAGCGUCAUAACCUCAAAAUGAGUUCCAUACAAGAAAGGCUUCAAUUGAAAAGGAUUCCACUGGAUACCUGGAACGUACGGGAACAGUUAUGCCUGGCUUCAGCCGUGGUCAGGAGUGGGGACCAGAACUGGAUGUCUGUGUCCAGAGCGUUAAAAACCGUCGGGGAACCAAAUAGGCCUGCAGAUUGGUACUCUCAAAAAAGUUGCGCGGCCCAAUACGGAGUACUGCUAGAACAUGUGGAGACCCCAAAGCGCAAGAAACGCAGCUCGGAAGGCGCAGUGGAGACCCCGCAGGAGAGCAUUCUUAAGAAGCUCACUCAGGAGCGCAUCGCUGAGAUACAGGAGGCGGUGGCUGAGAUGAACCGCCAGUAUGAACAACUCAAGAACGAAAUAAACGAAGUCCGCAACCCGGCGACCUCGGAGGAGCGCGUGCGCGAACUGUGGACCGCCAUCGAGACGGCCAAGCGGGCACGCGAGAGAGAAACAGCUAAACGCGCCGCCUGGCUGAAAGAGAGGGAGGAGAGACGAGCGCGCGCGGAGAGGACGUGGCGGCCGCCUGCGCAGCCUAAUCAGAGCGCACCAUCCACGCCGCCGCCGCCAUCGUCGCCGCUCCUCACGUCGUUACUCAAGUCCUCCCCUGUGGUCACCACCCCGCAGCACAUACCGCACCCCGCUACCGUCGUCGAAACUAUAUCGCCGUCUGCCGGCGCCCCGACUCUAUCUAUGCUGCUAGAGAAGCCCGGCUCUACCAGCCCUCACGACAACAAGCAUGCCGCUAUAGAGCACAUCAAGAGUCAGCUGGUGCAGAUAGAGCAACAGCUUAAAGCGAGUACGACCGUGGCCUCCCCCGUCCCUCUCCCCGCGCCCGCGGUGGACAUCGAUGACAUCGAGAUAAAGGCUGAAGAUGUGUACGCCUUCAGAGAUAUCGACCUCCACAUACCGCCCGUCGCCACCAUGCAUAAGGGGGCAGUCAGAGCGAUCGAGAAGCCGCCAUUCAAGAAGGACGAAGAAGAAACUCCCAUGGUCACCGAGGAUGUCAAGGUGGAGGUUGAGCCUGCCCCCAUCGACGUUCAGGUGCAGCCUAUAGAAGAAGAGAAGGCUCCGAAAGAGAUUCCUGCUGAAGAAAUAACUGUAACCGACGAGUUGGUGCCGGAAGUGCAGCCGCCGGAAGAGCCUGCGCCGGAACCGGAAGAGGUCAAGAUCGCGUUCCCGGAGGUCAAGUUCCCCACGCCCGAGAUCAAGGUCAUACACCCGGAGGUCCAGAAGCCGAAGGAGGAAGUGAAAGAACCGGAAGCGCCGCCGCCGGAAGUGGAGCCGGAAGUUGUGGUCGAAGACGUCCCGGAAGUGGUGGAAGAGGUCGCCACUGAAGUCGUUGAAGAAACUAUCGUGCCGCCCGAGCCCUCACCGCCACCGGAACCGGAAGAGGCGCCCCCCCUCCCACCCCUCCCGCCCUUGCCGCCACCACCCCCAGAAGAACCGGCACCGGAAGUGGUGCCAGAGGUCACUGACCUGGACAGCAUCCCUCUACCCAGCGACCCUCCGCCGGAGGACAGUGUUAUAGUUACCGAGAUGCCACCGGAGCAACCCCCUCUACCCCCACUACCGCCGGACCCUCAGCCGGAGGAGACCAUAGAGAACAUAGCGGAGGAGAUCAAGGUGCAGGAGGGCCAGGAGGCCCAGGAGGACAAGGAGGAGGACGCUGAGGCCACCGAAGUGGCCAAUGCAACGCUACCUGCCCCACAGGACUCCAUCCCGCUGAAGGACAUGAUCAAGGACGAACAAGCGGAGGCCGAGGGGCCGAAGGAGGCCGACGGAGAACAACUGGAGCCCCAUGCUGAUACUGAUGAUGACACGCCGAUGGAAGUUCGAAUGUUGAGCCGUGAAGAGGAAAAGGAUGGAAAGAAGAAACGAGAUUAUUCUCGCAAGAAGAAAUCUGAUUCUAGAACUUGCUCGGGCUCCGAGAGCGCGGCGGAGGCGAGCGCCCCGGAUUCCCCGCACGCCAACGAUGCGGAGCGGCAGCACCGGUUGUGGAAACGGUCCGUGAUGCUGGUGUAUAGCAGGUUAUGCGCCCACAAGUACGCGUCACUGUUCCUUCGACCAAUCACGGACGAGGAGGCGCCGGGGUACAGCGUCGUGGUCAAGAGACCCAUGGACCUCACCAGCAUCAAGAGGAACAUAGAAGCUGGGAACAUAAGAACCACAGCGGAGUUCCAGCGCGACAUCCUCCUCAUGCUCUCCAACGCGCUCAUGUACAACAGCAGCGAGCACAGCGUCUACCAGAUGGCUAAGGAGCUCCACGAGGAGGCGGUGUCGCAGCUGGGCAUGCUGCUGGCGGCGCAGGCGCACGCCGGGCUGGCGGAGUGCGCGCCGCGCCGCAAGCGCCGCCGCGCCGACUCGCCGCACCACCACAAGCGCGCGCACCACUAACCACACACCACACGGCUCACUCACACCAUAGAGAGAAAAAAAUACAUAGGGCCGGUUGCACCAAACUGUUCGUACCGUUAAGACGAAACAGGAGCUGAGUUUUAAAUAUUUUACGUAAAUAUACCUGUCUCGCUAACGGAAGCGGCUCCUAAAACUAGUGCGAUAAAGACAAGGCGAAAAAUCCUGCGUAAAAAUCUCAAAAAUCGAGGUUUCGUACUCGACUGUUUCCUCCUCCAAAACUUAACCAAUCGUAACCAAAAAUUUAAAUGAUUAUGAAAUUAUCUGUGUCGGACCGUUUUGCUUUUUUGGCUAAUUGAUAUCAGUUUUGAAUACUACGCCUCUCAUUGCGGAAUAGUCAAUAAGGCCAUUUUGGCCAUUUUUGAAGGGCUCUAGCACCUUAAAAAACAAAAACAUCAAAAAAAGCAAAACGGUCCGAUACAGAUAUUGACAAUAUUAACCUGUGUUGAAAAAAUCAUUGCUCUAGCAUCAAAACCCACGGAGGAAACAGUCGAGUACGUUUGUAUGGAGAAAUGACCACUCCUGUUGGCUCUUAAAGAGUUCGCUAAAUUUUUUAUGUAUGGAAAGUUUCAUAGUAAAGCGCCGGGACGCGCCGGCUGACGUUGAUCAGUCUGUCAAAUGUGGUUGGUGCAACUGGCCCUAUAACUACACACCACGCGGGUCACUCACACCAUAGAAAAAAAAUACAUAGAUAGCUCAUUCCAUACAUCAGUUUUGGUAUGUACCAAAAAGACUAUUAUUUUCAUAGUCGACAUCUAGCAUCGAGUAGCGGAAUUAUCAAUACUUUUAGUAGCAGUAGUAGUACUGCUACAUGACAAUAUAUGUAGCACCGAGCAGAAAGUCUAAUACUCAACAACAUAAGAUUUUCCGGUACUACAUCUAUUGUCACUUGACAGUACUACUACUACUACUUAAAGUACUAAUAAUUCCGCUACUCGAUGCUAGAUGUCGACUAUGAAAAUAAUAGUCUUUUUGGUACCAAAACUCAUGUAUGGAGUGAGCUCUAUAUAUUUUUUUCUCUAUGGUUAGGGCAAGGUAGCAAUUUCUAAAAAAUAUUAAUUUCGCGUGGUCUCGUCGUAUACCGAUCACUAAAACUCUACUUAACCCCUUAGAAUUGUCGCAGAUGACUAAAAUGUUAGGUCAAAUGCCAAUAUUGUGUAAUAAAAUGUAAUUAAGAAUAAAACUUUUUUAAAUUAA